AAUGUAUUCGCAUAUUCGAUCGCAGCAGCAUGUGCAGCAUUGAAUACGAUCAGCAGCUGAUGGAGGACUCGCCGCCUCCCAAACAUUUGGAUGUGCCCUUCUUCGAGGAGGCGCUGGAGACGGCGUUGCGCACGAGCCGCGCUCAAAUUGUGGGCAUUCACUGUGGCAUAGGCAGCUGCAACGGCGACAACUAUUGCAGCAAAAUCUAUCGUGUGCGCAUAAAUUAUAAGCGACAGGAUGAUGAAAGUCCACAAAAGGAGCAACAGUUGGCGUUAAUUGUCAAGAGCAUACCGCGCAUUGAUAAUGUGGAGUUUAUAGAGGAUUUGCAGGUGUAUCUGAAAGAGAAGUGCACAUACUUUGAGGUGCUGCCACGCCUCGAACUCCUCAUGCAAUGCAAAGUACGCUUUGGGCCAAAACUAUAUCAGUGCAUAAGGCUGCCGGAGAACGCGCUCGCCUUCGAGGAUCUGGGCCAGCUGGGCUAUGUGAUGGGCUCACGCGAAGCGGGUCUGGAUGAGGAGCAUUGUCGUUUGGUUUUGGAACGGCUGGCCGAGUUUCACGCUUCUUCCAUGGUGCUGGCAAUUCUGGAUCCCAAAAUCAUGGAAGCCUAUGGCGAUGGCAUGUUAUCACCAAAAUGUUUGCAAGAGGACAGGAUGCUGAUGCGCUUCUUCGCCGGCCAUGGACAACAGCUGCAUAAGUUGGUCAGCAGGUGGCCGGGCUACGAGCGCAUUGCGGAAAAGAUUGAAAAAUAUUUGGUGCAGCAGCGCGAACAUUUGGUACGCUCCCAGGCUGUAAUGGACAAGGAAAUUAGAGUGCUUAAUCAUGGUGAUAUGUGGGUCAACAACAUACUCUUCAAAUAUGACGGCAAGAAACAAGUGCAGAAUGCGAUCUUCAUUGACUAUCAGAUGAGCGUUUGGGGCAGUCCCGGAUUGGAUUUAAAUUAUUUUUUCUACACCAGCCUCGAAUUGGAUGUGCUCAAGCAUAAGCGGCCGCAACUGCUAAGAUGUUAUCACAAUCGCAUGACCGCAACGCUUCGCCGUUUGGAUAUGGGCGUGCCGGUGCCCAGCUACGAGCAACUGCUGGCCGAGGUGCAUCGCCGGGAAGCGUUCGGUUUCUUUGCCAGCUAUGGCAUUCUGCCCAUCGUUAGCCAGGACAAGGCACAGACCAGCGACAACAAUCUGGAGAACUUAAGCGAUGAAAAUUUUGCCAAGCAGAAGGCCGAACAAAUGUUCAACUCUGACCGUUUGGGCGAAAUUCUGCGUUUUACUCUGCCGCAUUUCGAGCGCGCUGGUGUCUUUGAUAUAUAAUAUUAAUAAUAAUGAUAAAUAACUCACUCACCAGGUUACGAUUUUAUUAUUUUAUAAUUUUUUUUUGCUUAGUUUACAAACAUUGCACAUAUAUUUAGUUGAUAUAAAAACACAGUUUGUAUAAAUAAAAACGAUUUAAAACAAUUA